GGAGUCACUCCCGGACUGCGCCCGAAAGCCGGCCGACGUACGUGUAUUGUAUGGAAAUAAGUAAUUGGCCCCCGUAUUCUUCUUUUGACGAGCUCUCCGGCGGCGGGACCAUUAUGUCCGUUCGAACGUGAGCGCCGGCAUUCGGACGCUAGUGGCGACGCCCUCGGUCGCCUGCGCCGCGCUCCACAGUCCACACCACGUCAAAAUGAAUACCUCCGACCGAGACGGGUACCUCCAGGGGCGCAACUGCACGCCGCCGGCUAUCGAUGACUUCCCCGCCGAGUUGUUCACGGAGUCGCAGCGGCAGCACGGCGCCGUCGUCAUACACAUCCUCAUAUCGCUCUACCUUUUCAUCGCGCUCGCGGUCGUCUGCGACAAGUUCUUCGUGCCUGCUGUCGACAGAAUAUGUCACGCACUAAACAUGAGCAACGACGUGGCGGGCGCCACGUUCAUGGCGGCGGCGACGUCGGCCCCGGAGCUGUUCGUCAACGUGAUCGGCACCUUCAUUACGGAGGGCGACAUCGGCGUCGGCACCAUCGUCGGCUCCGCCGUCUUCAACAUCCUCGCCGUCGCCGCCUGCUGCGGCAUCGGGGCUGGAAUGGUUGUGCCUCUCGACUGGUGGCCACUGACGAGAGACUGCCUCGCGUACGGCAUCACAGUGUCCAUCCUUAUCUGCAUCAUGCACGACGAGUACGUUCUCUGGUACGAGGCCUUCCUACUCGUCCUCUUGUAUGGAGUCUACAUCUGUAUUAUGUAUUACGACAAAUCCAUACAGAACUUUGCUAAAGGUAGCUGGAAGUGCUUGAAGAAUUUUAUGAAUAAGACUGACGAAAAGUCCGAUAAUAUUAUAGAAAUAAAAGAUACCAAAACCGCAAGUUCGACCAAAAUUGAAUCACCGGAGCACUGUCAGCACAAUGGGAAUGUUAAAACAAUAAUACCACUUUACAAUAACGAUAAAGAAUGCGGAAAACCACUAGAAGUUGAUGAACAGAAUAAAGUAAUCAGCGUAGAUAUUGAGAAAGCAAGUGAUGAUAUUGCUUACGCGGAUGAUAGCCCGCACCAUGUGCCCCCGGAGACCGCAAAAUCCGUCUCUGAUGAGUAUGAACACUCUUUAUGGAAAUUCCCAUUUAAAAGGAGCUGGUUUACGCAGACAACAUGGUUCGUCACGUGGCCGAUCCACUUGGUGUUUUUGUUCACAAUUCCAGAUUGUGAAAAGCCACGUUUCAAAAGUUGGUUUCCUUUAACUUUCAUUAUGUGUAUCGUUUGGAUUGGCUCACUGUCUUACGUAGUCGCUUGGAUGAUAACUAUAAUAGGGGAUACAUUAAUGAUACCUGAUUCCGUGAUGGGUAUAACGUUCCUCGCUGCUGGGACAUCGGUGCCUGAGGCCGUGUCGAGUGUUAUUGUCGCUAAGCAAGGUCACGGUUCAAUGGGAAUCAGCAAUUCGAUUGGUUCGAAUACCUUCGACAUUCUGCUGUGCCUGGGCCUUCCGUGGCUCAUCAAGGCGUCACUCACACCUGCCGAGCCUGGACUCUAUCUGGUAAAAAUUAACUCAAUGGGGCUGGAGUACUCUGCCAUAUCGUUGCUUUCAACGCUGCUGAUGCUGUACUUGACGUUUUGGUUCAACAAGUUUAAGCUCGACGCGGCGGUGGGGCGCGCCUGUCUGGCCAUGUACGCUAUGUUCCUCGUGUUGGCCACUCUCAUCGAGCUGAACGUCUUCUUCCCGGUCAACGUGCGGACCUGCAGGAGAGCGGAACUCAAGUCCUAGACCAGUGUCGGAAUCCGAACCGAACGAUAAUAACAAGUGUGUUUGUACUGUACUAUUCUAAGUUACAUAUCAUGCGUGCCUACCGACGACGGGAGUUCUUUCGCAAAGCAACUCGACAAGUCAAAUCGCGUGUCAUCACUUUUAUUGCUAAGUGCCAAUAUUUUAAUUGCCCGAAUAGGCUCAUUUCC